AUGCCCGGUUACGAUAACGUGUUGCUGCUUGGAUGGAGGUGCAGAAUACGCUGCACGACGGUGGUUUGUUGUUUGUUUGGCCGAUGCCGAGGGCAAGGUGCACAUUCUCUCUCGGCAACGCCUCCUGCAACAAAGUCUAUCACAACCUCCCCUGCCACGCCGCCUACGAAUGCCAAUGUUUCUCAAAAUCCAUAUCCCAGUCAUGACAUGUUCCCGCAUCUCUCUCAUGUACGCGCAAUGUGGCUUAGAAAGCCGAGCGCUCGGCACACGCAUGCCAUGCAUCCAGCUUUGAUUGACAAAUUCCGGGGACUGGAUUUCACUCCGCUGCGAGAUACGAAUUCCGGGGGUGCUUCCUUGGAAACAACGUGCAUGUACAUGGCGCUCCGGGUCUCCUCCCGAAACCCCUGCAAAUGGCCUGCCUAA